AUGUCUGAUAAUUCUGUUCUAAAAGUUUUCAAGCUCGUCAAGGCCCCUAUCUAUUCCCACUGUUUCUCGGCGGAUAGAUCUGUACUAGCCAUUUCAUGUGAGGCUAACUGUUUGAUUUAUCGUGUUGGUGGUCCAACGCCUCAAUUGGUGGCUACUUUGGCAAAUCAUGACAAACUGGUCACUGCCGUUGAUAUCUCUCCUCAUGGUAGGAUUGUGACUUGUUCACAAGACCGUAACGCCUACGUGUGGGAGCCAUUGAGUGAUGGAUCAUACAAGCCAACCUUGGUAUUACUACGUAUCAACAGAGCUGCUACAUCUGUCUCUUGGGCUCCAAGUGGUUACAAGUUUGCCGUGGGCUCAAGUGCUCGCAUAAUCGCUGUCUGUUACUAUGAGCAUGAAAACAACUGGUGGGUGUCAAAGCAUAUCAAGAAGCCUAUAAAAUCUACCAUCAAUUGCCUCUCUUGGCAUACGAACGGGGUUUUGCUUGCCGCUGGUGGUACUGACGGUUACAUGCGUGUUUUCUCUGGUUUCAUUAAAGGGUUGGACUCAAAGGAGUCGGUUGCUGGAUCGCCAUGGGGUGAUAAAUUCCCAUUCGGUUCCUUGGUCAAAGAAUGGUAUCAAGGUUCGUACAUUCAUGACGUUAAAUGGAGAAGUUCCCAGGAACAAAUUGCGUUUGUUACCCACGAUGCUAAAUUAAACAUUGUUGAUUCUCAAAAUGGAUAUGAGUUUACGGACUCUCCAGAUGGUUUACCAUUCAAAGCUUUGGUGUGGAUUAAUGACAAUGAAAUUUUGUGUGGUGGUUACUCUUGUCAUCCUGUUUUAUUUUCAAAGUCGUCUCAGGGAUGGAAGUUUUCCAAGAACAUUGACAAGAUUGGUGCAAAGACUCCUACCCCUCAAGUUGGUGGUGAGGACGAGGAUGAAAAUCCAACAUUUGGUAUGUCGGCCUUGAAGAAAUUUAAGGAAUUGGAUUUGAAGGGUAAAGUUAGUGUAGAAGUCCAAGAAUCGGCUCACGAAAACACUAUUACCGAAUUAGCACCAUUUGCUGAGUCUAACGGCCAAGUCACAGAGGUCAGUUCUUGUGGUCUAGACGGUAAAAUUGUUAUUUACAGAAUCUAA